CCACCUUGUUGAGUAUGUUGAGCUGUUAAAUGGCUCCGCUUUUAACAUCGGUCUCAUCACUGUCACGACGGUGAUGAGACCACUGAUCUCUAUAGAACUUACUUGAACUUACUUGAAUCCACGGACGCCAUCACACAACUGGGGAGGAGACGGUGGUUCUGGUUACUGGGGCAGACAGCUUAGAUAAGCUUAUGUAGAGCCCCCCGAUGUUCUUUAGGAAUUUAUCCACAUCAGUGGAUGAGACCGAUGUUAAAAGCGUAGCCAUUAACAGCUCAACAAGGUGGGCUAGACAGACAGACAGACAGACAGACAGGAUAGACAGACGUAAACUAUGAUGUACCACCACAUACUGUGAUUAGUCAUGAAUCUUCUCAGUAGUGUGUAUAGUCAGAGUUGGCCAGCACCAGAUCCCAACAAACAACAUCACAGGGGAUUGCAGGGGAAAAUGACUGCACGCUCUCCAAGAAGGACUAAGAACAGCUCCGUCAGCAGCAGCUGUAUUCAUCAACAGAAGUACGGCAGUAGUGAGCAGCAGGGUUGUCAUGGUAAAAGCAUAUUGGCCUUACAGGGUCGGAAGUCUCCCAGGGUUGCCUCCCAACAGAUGGCUUUGACUCCAUCUAGGCAUGCUGGUCUAGAUGAGGGAACUUACAAGUGGAAAACGUGGACGAAUUACCAGCAAGACUGUGGAAGCAAUAGCAAUGAUUUAACUCUGUACAAAAUAACCCAGGAUACAUUCAGAAAGCUUUCGCAACAGGUCCAAGAGGUGAAUGCACAAAUAAGCAAGUUCCACAAUAAUGGAUUCAAGAGUUAUCACACGGAUGGGAAUGUUAGUCCAGUGAUACGAGCUACCCAGCUGGCUGCCAGCCUACCCCAUCAAUCUCCUAGUAUUAGCAGGGAACCAGCUACAGACAACAUGGCUCCUCAAUGCACAUCAGUUCAAAGGGCAAACAGAAGGCGACCCCACUCUCAUUCCUUGACAUCAAAUCAAAGACAAAGCAGCCUUCCGCAAAGACCCCAUUCUACCACAGCUCUCUACGGUAGAGCUACCAGUGAGUUUGACCAACUCACUCCAAAAAUGAUUGGUGCCCUCAGCGAUGGGAAACAGAGAACCUUAGAUCAAUCUCAACUCGGUCCUUUUGAUAUCAUUGCAAAUGAAGCAAAGCCUGAAAUCCUUGAAGUUGGAGAAGAUCAAAGUGAUACAGAUGAUGAAGAGAGUGAGAUGCCACGUCAUUACAGGGUAAGACCACCACCAGACUUUGACCUUCCUGCAGAGGAUAUGGACAUUCAUGACAUCCGGGGUCGGUUCCAACACCGCAGCUCCAGUGCUGGGAAGAAGAAGCAAGAGCCUUACCCUGAGCCACUGAGCGAACCCUACUGUUAUUUUGACUUGUUGGAGUUAAGUUUACUCAAAGAGGACUGGAGACAUGCUGUCAGGACGGUCCCUGAUGGCAUUGAGGCACAACUUAUCGAUCGGUUAAUUGAGAUGGAGAGACUGCAGAUUGCCAGUGCUGAAUUAGAGAGAGGUGUACGAGUUGCUACACCCAAGAGAGUAAUGUCAGCCAUGCAGAUCAGGAAGGGUUGGAACACAGUUGCUUCAGUUCCUACAGAGCGGGCACAGAGUGCUUUAGCCCAACCCAGACGGAGUAAGAAUUGUUCCCCAGCCUGUCUGCAGCCACUCUGCUCAGGUACCUGUGAAACAAAACAAGACUCUCUAGCAAAUGGAGGUUGCCACCAUUGUAAACAAGAAUACUGUCAGGGCUCUUGUACUGAGUUUGGUUAUCACCUACACAUAAGGCAACCACGAGAUGAGGAAGUGAACAUUCCUCCACCACGACCCAAAUCAUGUAAGAGUUGUAAUAGCAGGACCUCAUCCCGGAAGUCAACAAUCAAUAAUAACACAGUCAUUCUAGGUCGUCCUAAAUCAGCAUUUGCAACCUUUAGUAGUGCAAAACAACGGUCUGGUAAAUCAAAGUCAAUAUUAUCAGAAGCCAGAAGUGUUUCAGAUCAGAUGGCUCGGCUAGAGCUAUCUUCAACACCUGAUGCCGGUGGGGACAAACCAGCAAGACCCAAGACAGCCCCAGGGAGCUCAAGGUCCAAGCCACGAGGGCGCAAUUCAAUGCUACCAGGAAAGAGUUUUACUUCUCAGAGGAGACACUCACUUACAGAUGAUCCAAUCAGUACAAGUGCAGCUAAAAUGAAUCCAAAACACAUGAGAAUCAAGUCUGCAAAGCUCAAAUCUAAACAAAAGAAAGUCUCAAAAAGGUAGCUUUCCGCCCAAAAAUAAGAUGUCAAAUAAAUUGUAAAGGUUUAUUUAUUCAGGAAUGUCAAAGGGAUGAUACAUCAUUGCAAAUAUUUAAAAGUUUACUUGAUUGAUAGUUUGUAAGUGGUCAGUGGUUUGAAGCAUUUCAGCAUUUUACCUUUGAGUAACUUUACAUCAAGUCAGAAUCCUCUACCUCGUCCUUAUUUACUUUGACUCAAGUCAAAACCGGGUGACAUCGACUCACUCAUAAAUUUGUAUUCCUUUUCAAACGACUUUAACCACUUGUCUUUUCUCUUAUUGGAAAAUCAAGACUGAAAAUAAUGUUCAAUGCUUAUAAUAUACAAAUAGGAAUUGCUACGAUGUUUGAUGUUAUAUUUUCUUACAAAUAGAGUACCUAAACUAGCCUGACCUAAACUGAAACUGUCAGUGGUAAUUAUACUUCUUGAAUAUUUGUAGAGUUGCAUGAUUGACUGUAACACAGACCAAUGGUGUAGAACCGGUAUCCCCUCAAAGCAUUGGACACAAUUGGUAAUAACUCAAAAUAAUAAUAAUUGCUAGCACAAAAACCAACUUGGUAACGAGCA